AUGGUCUUCCAGCCGCUCUACGCGCCGCACGGCGUGCCGCUCUACUACGACGGGAAGCCCGUGGCGCUGACGCCCGAGCAGGAAGAGAUCGCGACGCUCUACGCGCAGGUGGGCGACGACGCGAUCCAGCUGCGCGACCCGAAGACCGCCGCGGUGUUCAACGCGAACUUCUUCUCGUUCUUCCGCGAGGCGCUGGGCGCGGACAGCCCGGUGCGGACCAUGGACAAGUGCGACUUCAGCGCGAUCCGCGCGCACCUCGAGGCGCAGCGGAAGCAGCGCGUCAAGACCUCCGCGGAGGAGAAACAGCAGCAGCAGCUGCGCAUGGGGUACAUGCUGGUAGACGGCAACUGCCAGAAGGUAGGGAACUACGUCAUCGAGCCGCCCUCGCUGUUCCGCGGCCGCGGCAUGCAUCCGCGCAUGGGCUCGGUGAAAAUGCGCGUGAUCCCCGAGCAGGUACUGCUGAACGUGGACCUGAACAUGGCGGUGCCCGCGUGCCCGAUGCCCGGACACAACUACGAGUCGAUCGUGUGCAAGAAGGACACGCUGUGGCUGGCGAAAUGGGAGGACAACCUCGGCCAUGGCAAGUACUGCGGCGUGAACGCGUCCUGCUAUUUGAAGGGGCAGAACGAUAUGGAGAAGUACGAAAUCGCCCGCAGACUCAAGCGGUUCAUCCGGAAGAUCCGCUCCACCGUGCUGCGAGACCUCAAAAGCGACGACAAGAAGGAAAAACAACUCGCCACGGCGAUUUGGAUCAUCGAUAAACUCGCGCUGCGUGUCGGAAACGAGAAAUCCGAGGACGAAGCCGACACGGUAGGAUGUUGUUCUCUGCGCGUGGAACACUUAUCCUUCGCGGACGACUGCACGCUCACCCUGGAUUUCCUCGCGAAGGACUCGAUGCCCUACCACCAGACCAUCCAGCUCGACCAAUACGAAGGCGGGAAGCUGGUGUUCAAGAACUUAAAGUCGUUCUGCAAGGCGAAGAGCCCGAAGGACGACGUGUUCGACCUGCUGUCGACGUCGUCGCUGAACGCGCGGCUGACCCAGUUCAUGCCCGGCCUCACCGCGAAGGUGUUCCGAACCUACAACGCGUCGGUGACGCUCGAGGAGCAGCUGCACUCCACGUACCCCGCGGGGACGUCGGUCGAGGAGAUGGUGCUGCAGUACAACGACGCAAACCGCGAGGUGGCGAUUCUGUGCAACCAUCAGCGCUCGCUGCCGAAGAAUUGGGACCAGACCAACGCCAAGAAGCGCGGGCAGAUCGAGCUGCUCCAGCGGCAGACCGACGAGCUGCGGCAGAUGCUGCGCGAUGUGCGCGCGCAGAAGCCGGUGGAGCUGCUGCCCGAGGCGUACUGGGCCCCGGUGAAGAAGGAGGAGGUUCCGGAGGACGCGAGCGAAGAGGAGCGGAAGCAAAUCAAGGAGAAACACGACGAAAGGGUCGCCGAGCGCGCGCAGUAUCUGCAUCUGUUCAAGUCACAGCCCACCGAGGCGCAGGUAGAGAAGAGGCUGGAGGCGUACUCCAAGCGGUUGGCGGAUGGGGAGCUGAAGCUGCGCGACAUGGAGUCAAAUAAGCUGGUGGCGCUGGGGACCAGCAAGAUUAAUUAUAUGGAUCCGAGAAUCACGGUGGCGUGGUGCAAACGAAACGAAGUGCCGAUUGAGAAGAUUUUUGCAAAGACGUUACGAACCCGACAUAAUUGGGCUAUGUGCGUUCCCGAAUCCUAUCGUUUCUGA